CCUGCGAACAGUCGAUAUAAUGUGUUAAACUAAAAAAUUCUAUAGUUUCUAGAAUGUAUUGUAUACCUCCUCAAUUUAAUGGAAAACCCAGAGGUAUUUUAACGUUAUCAGUGAAAUUUAUACUUUUAUUAAAUAAUCAUUCAGUACACGCUGUUCAUUUCCAAUUGAGCAACAGUCCGGAACAAAACAUUAUAUUAUCUAGGCGUAGAUAUAUUACAUAUUCUAUUUGUGCGUGUUUCAAAUCUACUUUGCACUACUUGAAAAGUAGUACUUUAUCAUGUAUUCUAAAAAAUGAGGAUAAUAAAAAUAUUGGAAAAGCAACCGUUGACAAUUUAACGGAUAUAAUGUGUGAAAAAGGAAUUUUGAAAAAAGUUCCUGUAGUUUACAUGAAUAAUAAAAUUGGCAAUAUAGAUUUACAUUUCAAGCUACAAAAUCUCUAUGAUACUCUUUAUGAAGAUGAUGUUGAUUUUCUUUCGAUAUUUCGUUUCCCAAACAAUAUUGUCAAUGCAAUUGACGAUUAUACAUCUGAAGAUUCAAGUACAACAAGUUCCGAGUAUACUACUUCACAAUACAGCACGAAAUUGUCAAAUGGUAAAGAUAUGACAUCAGAAGAAAAAAACGAAGCUAUCUUAACUUUAAGUCGCGUGUCUUCUGCUGAGAGUUUUAUUAGUGCUACUGAUAAAAUAGAUGAACCUUCACUAUCAGUUUAUGAUCAAGUAAAAAAUCUAUCAACAAAAAAGAAAGAAGAUUAUCCUCGAAAUUUUAAAGACGUAAUUAGAUACGAUGAAAACACAAAAAGUUUUAAUGUGAAAUUACAAAAAAAAAAUGACAUGAAUUUGCGGUUAUCUAUAUCACUGUUAAACGUAUAUCGUUCCAAAACCAAUAUACUACAUAACGGUGAAAAAACUUUCAUAAUUCAAUACUUCAAAAAAAAUGAACCACUUAAAUCAUUCGAAUUUUUUUCAAAGCAAAUAAAUAAAAAUGGAGUUGAUUUCAAAGAAAGCAGUCUGUCGAUGUAUUUUGAAAGUUGUUCAGCUAAAAGAAUCAUUCUGAGAGCAUUUGUAAAGAUUCAUAAUCAAAAAACAUUAAUCGGAGAGACAAAAUCAAUGUUAGAAUGGUCAGGAUUUAAUACUAUAUGUUUCAAAACUUGUUUUAUUAAAGUUCCUAUAUGGUUAAACAAUAAAGUAACGGGUCAUAUCUCUCUUUCAUACGAGUUUUCUAAAAGUCUUACUUUUCAAAAUUCAAAUGAAAAUAAUAAUUUUGUUGUAAAAUCUAUAAAUUUAAAAAAUAAACAUCCAAAAUUAUCAAUAAAUGAUUCUAUGACGUCAUAUCUAAAAAAAAACAAAUCAAAUAAUCAAACCGAAAACUUAAAAUAUAAACCACUACUGGCAGAUCGCAGUGCAUCCAAGUUUUGUGUAGAAUCUAACAAUACAAAUGUGCAGACCGAUGUAGAGAUAUUCAAGAAUAAUAAAGUAAAAACAUCAGAAAUGGGUAUUCAAGUUGAAAUUGAUGAUUGUUGUGAUAUAUUAAAUAAAACAAUCGAUUAUGAUGUUCAAAAUAUAUUUCGCUGUACACACGAAAUAACAUUGUCCAUUGAAAAAAAAUAUGACUCUUUUUUCAAUUAUGUGAAUUAUCAAUUUCCAGAAAGUAUUACUGAUAACAUGGGAAAAAUAAUCUUAUGCAAUCGAACAUACAGAACAUUUGGAAACACAAAUGUUCUUCAUUUAAUAACCCUACCUUCAACAUUAUCACUAAAAAAAUAUUUCUACAAAAAUUGCAAUAAAACAUCUAUUAAAAUUAAACUCUUUCAAAAUAACGACAUCAUAAUCGGAAAAGUUAUGAUAUUAACGGCUCAUAUAGUCGAAAUGUCAAAUGAAUAUGAAAAUAAGUAUGUAACAAAAGAUUUUUUUUUGCAUCCAAAAAUAUUUGAAUGUCGUGAACAAUACAAUAAUGAUGUGCAUAUAACUUUACACUAUAAAAGAGUUUACCAUACUCUUCCAAACCUUGAAAAUAAUAUUUAUAACUCUAAUUCUACAAUUUUACCUAAAAAUAAUUCAAAUAUUGUUUAUAAUAAUACAAUAUUAACCUCGAAAGAUUUUAAAUCAUUACAGGAAUUUUCAAAGUUUUAUAAAGAAAAUAGAAAUUUAUCUGAUAAUUAUACUCAAACCAAUCUUUUAAUAAAUAGUCAACAUACUCAAACCGAAAAAUGUAUCGCGAAACAUGAAUCAACAAAUGAAUAUCCUUAUACUACUGUAGAAAAAUUAACCAAUUCAAUAAAUAGUGUAAUAGAAAUCGAUUACCAUAACAGUGAUUCUAUAAAAUUAAUUCAAGAAAACUCUAAACAUUAUACAUUUCAAGAAGAUGUUUUAAAAUUUAAAGUCAUUAUUUCUAAUGCAUUCAAUUUACCAAAGAUUAAAUUAAACGGCGAUAAUGAAGAAAAACUACCCACAACUUAUGUAACUAUGAAAACUAUAAGUGGUAGAGUUUUAUCAACAUCACACGUUGUGGAAGAUAAAAAUCCAAAAUGGAAUUGUACUUGGAUAUUUUACCAUUCAAAAGAAUCGUUAAAGAAAGAAAAUUGGUUGAUAUUACAACUAUGGUGCACAAAGUUAUCUCAAGAGUGUUAUGACCAGGUUGUUAAAAAUGAUAAACAAAUAGGAUUAGUGUAUUUGGAUUUAAGUGCAUUUAUUAACUCUAAUUCAAAUAAUACGAAAACAAAUAUUGAAGAAUUAUACGACAUAUAUGAUAUAAAUAGUAAUAAAAAUACUAUUGGCAAAAUGAAAGUAUUAAUAAAUGCAAUUGGUGAUAAUAAUACUAAAGAUAAUUAUCAUUACACAACAAAUUAUUGUUUGGAAAAUAAAGGUUUAUCAGUUUAUCCAUUAGAUAUAAAAGAUAAAAUGAACAAUUUAGAAAAUGGUUUAAAUAAUUUGACGAUUUAUAAUUCGAAAAAUAUUGAAAAAAAUCAUGAUUGUCUAGAAAAUUUUAAAGAAUCUAUAAAUAAUACCAAGAAUAAUUUUAAAGCGAUCUCAGUUUCUAAAAUUGAGUCUAGAUCAGUAUCAUCGUGGACCUCUUCAUCAGAUGAUAACUCUUGUCUUUUAAAGAUAUCCCAAGUAAAUUCCAGUCAAUGAAUAAUUAUUUGGAGAAUACAACAAAAUUGUAUCAAAUUAAAUAAAAUAUUUCCGAAGUCUUAUGAUCGUCAAGAUGAACUUAAAAAUUAUUCAAAAG